GCACAACCGACUGGUCUUUAAGCAGUCACGAACGAGCCAUCGUUCGUUGCAGCCGUGGCGAACGCGAAUUUCGUUUCCACCCCGGUCGCCACCUCCGCUUUUCUAUUUUUCAUCAGUGAAAGGCAAUCACCUCGGGUUCGCCUGUUCGCGAGGAUCGACUAGUGUAGUUUUGAGUCAGUCAGUGAAUCGGUGAUUCAAUUUUGGAUGAACGCUUUAGCGUGGAGGAGAUGUUGCUGGGAGUAGACGGCCGUUCGCUAAUCGAUUCGUGAUGAACAAACAGUGAUAGUAGGAGUUGGAAAAAGGAAAAAGUCGUCGAGGAGAAUGUCGAGGAUAUCAGAAGGGGUGGACGAGCGCCCCAUGGAUCCGGGGCUUAAAUUUGGCACCACUUGAAUGCGAAAGAAGAAGUACAAAUGAGCAAAACGCGGGAUGGGCAAAUCUUGGCUUUCGGCCCUGUUUCCUGCGACGAUGACGACGAUGACAAUGAUGGCGUACGUCACUGUAACGACGGCCACCACUACCGUGCCGUCAUUCGGCACAACCACCGCCAGUGAUAUUCACAGCAAAAGGGCGGAUAUCGAGGAAGCACUGGACGUGAUAGAAGCGGCUUCGACCGGAUCACUGGGCGAAGAUUGUGCCACGACAGCUGGUUUUAAAUCCUUACCAGCAGCCGUGGCACUUGAUCCCCGGCGUUACGAUACCGCACGUCAAAAAGCUGACAUGACAGCCCUGAUGCUCCAGAAUCUUGGCACGGUCGGGGUAUCAAGGCAUAACGCGCUUUUAGACGUGAUAGCGAAGUCACUGUUGGUAUCGGUGAACGACGCGGUGGAGACGAGGGUGAUCGCGCUGAACGCGAGCACGGGCACAGUGAUCAGCGCGGUGUGGCUCGAGAGAAGCCUUGGAAGCGUUGGAGAACCGUUCAAGGUCGAGAGCCACGGACUUCAACCGGGAUCCGUGCCGGACUCGAAUUUGCCGUGGUUCGAAAAUGCGGGCGCCACCACAGAAUUGAGGUCACCGAAAUUCAUGCAGUCACCGGCGAUUGAAUCCUACAGGGGUUGGUGGACCAUCCCGUAUUUCUCCUGCAAAAGUCACCGCUGGUUGAUUUCGUACAGCGUUAACGUACGGCCGCCGGACGAUCGCCACGGGGUUCGAGAGUUCUUAAGUAUAGAUAUCGAUAUAAGCGGAUUAGAGGUAAAUCAGUGCGACGCGUCGCUGCACAUCGAGGACACCGAUGUUCUAAGUAAUCAAAUAGCAUCUUUUAAAGGCACGCAUAAAUGUCAUACCGACACCACGCAGUGCGAGUAUCAAAGCCCGAGCAAUCGCAUAAAUGAAAACGGCGUCGGUGCCGGUUGGGCGAAGGGUGCGUACGUGUGCAGAUGUCGGAAGGGUUACUACAGCACCACUCAGCAAUCCGUGUUCGAUGGAAUUCUCGUCGAAGCCGCUUGGAAGGAAUUGAAGGAGAACAUAAGCGACUCGUACGAGAAGGUGUUCCGAUGCUUACGCUGUGCGCCAGGAUGUGCCAAGUGCAAAGGACCCGAACCCUGUCUAGCUACCUACAACUGGCCCUUCCGAAUCUCGCUCCUGUCGUUUUCCAUUUUUUGUGUAUUCGGUACCAUAAUCCUGGUGGCCUAUAUGUAUCAACAUCGUAAGCUGAAAGUGUUCAAGGUUGCCUCGCCGAUAUUUCUGUCUAUUACGCUUUCGGGUUGUGCCAUCAUGUACCUCGAAAUGGCUGCUAUAUUUCCGGUCCUGGAUAUGUAUUCCUGUAUCGCCACGAAAUGGACGAGGCAUCUCGGCUUUUGCAUUUCUUACACCGCGUUGUUAAUGAAAACCUGGCGAGUCUCUCUCACGUACCGUGUGAAAAGCGCGCACAAAGUGAAGCUGACGGACAAGCAACUAUUACAAUGGAUGGUCCCGAUCUUGUUGGUGAUGCUAAUUUAUCUCGGCACGUGGACCCUAAGCGCGCCACCAUACGCCGAAGUGAUAGCUGACAAUUAUGGUCUGAAAUUCUACCAAUGCUCAUUCAACUGGUGGGACCAUAGUUUAGCAAUCGGAGAAAUUCUAUUCCUCGCAUGGGGCAUUAAAGUCUGUUACAACGUUCGCAACGCGGAGAGCCUUUUCAACGAGGCCCGAUUAAUAAGCUACGCUAUUUACAAUAUAGCAGCUGUGAAUAUCACCAUGAUCGCCAUUCAUCUUUUCAUUUUCCCUCAUGCCGGUCCGGACAUCAAGUAUCUGUUGGGCUUUCUACGUACGCAAUUAUCCACUUCCGUCACUGUAUUCCUUGUAUUCGGCCCCAAGGUGAUUCGAGUUUUGCGUGGUCAAGGAGACCAAUGGGACAGCCGCGCGAGGGCUCGCGGUGUCACAGCGAGCUUCUCGUUAAACGGAAUCGGUCUGGUAUCUGAGGAAACGACGGAUCUGCAUCAAGAAAACGAGGAAUUGAAGGAAGAGAUUCAGAAGUUGGCAGCGCAGAUCGAGUUCAUGAAGAUCGUGCACAUGGAAAUGUACAAUCGUCACAUAAAACCGAAAGCAGGUGGUUAUUUCACUACCCACGGGCACGGGCACAAUCAUCCGUCCUCGACUCAGAGUCCCAUCGCCAAGAGCUCGACUGCCAGUUUUAUAUUGAAAGUAUGUACCUAACACGACCCAUUCACGAUCCUC